ACAAAACCAUAGGAAGUUUGUCAUCAUGUUUCUAACGAAUUCUUGAAAAGUAGAAAAAGAGAACCAUUCUUCCCUGCAAAAAGAAGAGUCUUUUGAAUUCUUGAAAAUUCAAUAACGCAAAUGGCUUUGCAUUUUAGCAGUGCGUGUCUGUGUUCUUUGAGCCAAAGGAGGGUGAAAACAAUUAGAGCUGUAGCUUCUGAGAGUAGUGUUAUAGUGAAAGCAGAAGAAGAUAAGGUGAAACUUGGUGGGUCUGAUUUGAAGGUUACAAAGCUUGGUAUUGGAGCUUGGUCUUGGGGUGAUACUAGCUAUUGGAAUAACUUUGAGUGGGAUGAUAGGAAGCUGAAGGCUGCAAAGACUGCUUUUGACGCCAGCGUUGAUAGUGGAAUAACAUUUAUCGAUACUGCUGAGGUCUAUGGUUCAAGGUUCUCAUUCGGUGCGAUAAAUUCUGAAACACUGCUAGGAAGAUUCAUCAAGGAAAGAAAAGAAAGUAAUCCAGAAGUCGACGUUGCUGUUGCGACUAAAUUUGCUGCAUUGCCGUGGAGGCUAGGCCGUCAAAGUGUCCUAGCGGCCCUCAAGGAUUCUCUUGCACGUCUCGAACUUUCUUCGGUUGAUCUUUAUCAACUUCACUGGCCAGGAAUAUGGGGAAAUGAAGGUUAUAUUGAUGGUUUAGGAGAUGCAGUGGAGCAGGGCCUUGUAAAAGCUGUGGGAGUAUCUAACUAUAGUGAAAAGCGUCUUCGCGCUGCAUACGAGCAGCUGAAGAGGAGAGGUAUUCCGCUAGCUUCAAAUCAAGUCAAUUAUAGCCUUAUAUAUAGGUUUCCAGAGGAAAAUGGUGUAAAGGCUGCCUGUGAUGAACUAGGAGUCACGUUGAUCGCAUAUUCACCCAUUGCUCAAGGGACUUUGACUGGGAAAUAUACUCCAGAAAAUCCACCCACUGGCCCUCGAGGACAGAUUUAUACUCCUGAAUUUCUAACCAAAUUGCAGCCACUCAUAAAUAGAAUAAAGGAGAUAGGAGAAAGCUACAGUAAGACUCCAACACAGGUGGUCCUGAAUUGGUUGAUUGCACAAGAGAAUGUUGUUCCCAUCCCAGGAGCCAAAAAUGCAGAUCAAGCUAAAGAAUUUGCUGGUGCAUUGGGUUGGAGACUCACUCAAGACGAAGUUGACGAACUUCGGUCUUUGGCAGUAGAUUUGAAACCGGUUGCAGGUUUACCUGUCGAAAAAUUAUAAGCAGACAAGUUAAUUUUUACAUGUACAUCAAUUUUUUCCUUAAAUGUCUACAUGUAUUUCACAGUGAUUAGUUUUAGAGAGUAUAAGAUUUCGAAAGUCUUGAAAAUGUAAUGACUGCUAAGGCCUUGAAUACUACUCCUAUUCUUCAUGUAAUGCAAUGUGAAACUACUGUAUGUUAAGCAAAAGUAUAAAUUCCCUGGGAUUUAAAUUAUAUACA